GUAUCAAAGCAAGAUGGCAGCUGUUGUAGAGAAUGUUGUCAAACUGUUGGGAGAGCAGUACUACAGAGAUGCCAUGGAGCAGUGUCAUAACUACAAUGCAAGGCUCUGUGCCGAAAGGAGCGUCCGAAUGCCGUUCCUCGACUCUCAGACUGGUGUGGCUCAGAGCAACUGCUACAUUUGGAUGGAAAAGAGACACAGGGGACCAGGCAUGGCUCCGGGGCAGCUCUACACCUACCCAGCCAGGAGGUGGAGGAAGAAACGGAGAUCUCAUGCUCAGGAGGACCCCCAGCUCAUCUUCCCUAAUGUCAAGUCAGAGGUGGAGAUAGGACUGAAGAAGGAUGCUCUGUUACCAACGGAUGGCAGCAGCCUGGAGGCCCUGCUGAAGGGGGAAUCCAUGGAAAAACGGACAACCACAGAGCUCCGAGGCUCUGAAGAGGAUUCAAACCUGAGUGACUACAGCGGAGGCCUGAACCCUGCUGCUCGGAUUAGAAAGAGAGUCCUCGAACCAGAUGACUUUCUGGAUGACCUGGAUGAUGAAGACUAUGAGGAAGACACGCCUAAAAGAAGAGGGAAAGGGAAGGGGAAGGGCCGAGGAGUGGGCAGCAGCAGGAAGAAGCUGGACACAGCAGCACUGGAGGAGCGAGACAAGCCGUACGCCUGUGACAUCUGUGGAAAGCGCUACAAGAACCGUCCCGGCCUGAGCUACCACUACACCCACUCCCACCUGGCUGAGGAGGAGGGUGAGGAGAAGGAAGAGAUGGAGAUCAAUGAGCCUCCUCUGCCGAUACCCAAUGAGCCGAAAACUCCCAAGAAAGGCCCAGAUGGUCUCGCAUUGCCGAAUAACUACUGUGAUUUCUGCCUUGGAGACUCAAAAACCAAUCACAAGACCGGCCAGUCAGAAGAGCUGGUGUCCUGCUCCGACUGCGGACGCUCAGGCCACCCCUCCUGCCUGCAGUUCACCCCAGUAAUGAUGGCCGCAGUGAAAACGUACCGCUGGCAGUGCAUAGAGUGCAAGUGCUGCAACAUGUGUGGCACCUCAGAGAAUGACGUAAGCUUACCUACAUUCAGAUAUGGUAUGUGUUGUGCAGUGCUGAUGUAUAAAGUAAUGUUGUUAUCCCGGUUCUUCCAGGAUCAGCUUCUGUUCUGUGACGACUGUGAUAGAGGCUAUCACAUGUACUGCCUCAACCCGCCCAUGGCUGAACCUCCAGAGGGGAGCUGGAGCUGUCAUCUAUGUCUGGACCUUUUAAAAGACAAGGCAUCCAUAUACCAGAACCAGAACGCCCCACCUUCGUGAUGGCCGCCUCCCCCCUGCUCACACUCAUUACUCAGCCGCAGCGCAGCAGAACGGUUUACCCCUCGAAGUGGAUGAGAGAAUCCCGGGACGAGCCGACCUCGGAGGGAGUGUGUUCAGAACAGACGAAAAAUUGUAAAAAGGGAAGUAUCCCUUACCAAACUGGCCUCACUUAGCUUCAUAUAUGACUGUUACACAGUUCCAAGCUCAGAUUCAGCCCUGUCGGUUUUUAUUUUCACCUCUUUGCCACAUAGCCAAUUUGAGCAGUACUGAAUUUCAACAAGAUACACAGCAUAAAUAGCCAAAAUCUGACUUCCUGGUCAGGUUUUUUUUUAAACACAUACACCUACACAAAGUUGCUUCUCAGUCCCGCAAUGUACUUAUUUUAUGACUAGAGAAGAAAUAAAGCUUGUUUGAAUCAAGUAGCAUGCCAGUGCUUGCUCAUCGUUUAAAAAAAUAAAAAGAUUUUAUAAUAUUUAUAUAUUUCUAUGGUAUAUAAUAGUGUUAAGUAUGUACAAAUUGGGGGGAAAAAAGAAUGGUAAUGUAAUGGUCUUUUUACGAGUGCCCAUCUUAUCAUUAUGGAAAUAUCCACAACCACAUGUUCUUUUAUGGCACUGCUGAUAUUUGGUGAUUCUGUUGAGCGUCAGAGGGAUCUGCUGAGACUGUAAAUGAUUUUAUAUCUCAUCCACUGCCACUGAAACGUCAAACAAAUCAGGAACUAUGAAUAGAAACCCUGACGUGCUCGUCAAAGUGGCUCCAAAGGCUGAAGGACUUCCGGGAUGGCAGGUUAGACCUCAGUCUGGUUGUUGACUCUUGUGUGCUAGCGGCUGAUUGAGCUGCACAGAGCUCGAGAGGAUGCACAAGGACUAUAAUUUGCAUGUUUUAUUCAGGC